AUGUACGACGACUGCUGCUGAGCUUCGUUUUUUGAAGCCAGCAGGGUUCAUCCAGCACGAGAUGAACAGCAGCGACAGCAGUGCUCGAGACGGGGGCUUGGCGAGGGAGGAAGGGAGGGGAAGCAUGGGCGGAAGCAGCAGGAGAAGGAGGAGAGGAUCCAGCGCGAGGACGCUGGCGGCCGGGCUGGCGUUGACCCUGGCCGCCUGCUCGACUCCGGCGUACGGAUUUAUGGUCCCCGCGGGGGCGGGAGGAGCGGACCCGAUGACGGGAGCGGCGGCGGCUGUGGCAGCCGGGCAGCACCGACAGCAGCAGCAGCAGCAGCAGCAGCAGUUCUCGCGGGGGGCGGUGACAGCGACUGCUACGGCAACCGCGACCUCCCCUUCGUGCCCUGGUUGCGCCGCUCCGACGACAUCGAUGCUGGGGACGCACGGCGCCGGCGCCGGCGGCGUGGUUAUACCGUCGUCGCGACGCUCGUCGUGGACGGCCGGGGGCGGCGGCGGAUUUGAAGUCGGUGGGGUGGCGGGAGGGCGGAGGGGGGCGGCGGCGGCGCUGAGGGACACCACGCGGAGACUGAUAGCGGCUAGAAGGAAGCGAGGGGAUGGUACGGAGUCGUUGUCGAUGUCGUUGUCGGCAAGAGGCAGCAGCAACUCGCGAGGAGGGGGUGGCAGCUCGAAGGGCCGCGCUAGAUUCAGCAAAGUGUACAGCGGCACGGAGUAG